GGACCAAGCAGGAGCUCGAGGACCUCACGGCCGACAUCAAGAAGACGGCGAACAAAGUGCGCUCCAAAUUGAAAGCCAUCGAGCAGAGCAUCGAGCAGGAGGAGGGCCUGAACCGCUCCUCGGCCGACCUGCGCAUCCGCAAGACGCAGCACUCGACGCUGUCCCGGAAGUUCGUGGAGGUGAUGACCGAGUACAACGCGACCCAGUCCAAGUACCGGGACCGCUGCAAGGACCGGAUCCAGCGCCAGCUGGAGAUCACCGGCCGCACCACGACCAACGAGGAGCUGGAGGAGAUGCUGGAGAGCGGCAAGCUGGCCGUGUUCACCGACGACAUCAAGAUGGACUCGCAGAUGACCAAGCAGGCGCUGAACGAGAUCGAGACGCGGCACAACGAGAUCAUCAAGCUGGAGAGCAGCAUCCGCGAGCUGCACGACAUGUUCGUGGACAUGGCCAUGCUGGUGGAGAGCCAGGGGGAGAUGAUUGACCGCAUCGAGUACAACGUCGAGCACUCGGUGGAUUACGUCGAGCGCGCCGUGUCCGACACCAAAAAAGCCGUCAAGUACCAGAGCAAGGCCCGGCGGGUCAGUGCGGCCACCGCGGGUGACCGGGGGUGA